CCCAGGUCCAAUCCUGAACCAGAUUCCAAAAGCCGAUCCCUACCCUCAAAUACAUAAGGCCCCUGCCAGGCAGCAGCCUCCUCAGCAGCACCCAGCAGCCUCCCCGGGGAAAACAGAUGCUGCUAUAGCCCCACCAUGAAAGUCCUCUGCUUCCUGCUUCUGGCCAGCUUGGCCGCCACCUCUCUCGCCAUCCUUAACGAGCCAGAAGAUGAAACCCACCUGGAGGCACAGCCCACAGAUACCUCUGCUCAGCUCAUCAUGAGAAACCUCCAGAUCUCCAAUGAGGACCUUUCUAAGGAGCCUUCCAUCUCCAGAGAAGAGUUGAUUUCCAAAGAGCAAAUUGUGAUCAAAUCUUCCAGGAGACCACAGAAUCAGAAUCCCAAGCUGCCUCUGUCCAUACUCAAGGAGAAACAUCUCAGAAAUGCUGCCCCUGAAUCAGAAGAGACUACAGAACACACUCCCAGUGCUGCAUCCACCACAGAAGGAACACUGAUGGAGCUCGGCCAUAAAAUCAGGAGGAAUCUGGAAAACACAGUGGAAGAAAUCAUAAAAUAUCUGAAAAGCCUGUUCCCUCAUGCCUCUGAAGUCGUGAAGCCGUAGUCAUAGGGAUGCCCACAGCCCAGGCGGGCCGCUGCAAGUACCUGUAGCACCCACACCGCUUGGACCAUCACCACCAUCUCUCAGCUCCUCAAGUCCUUUACUAAGGCAUCGCAUCCC